AUGACUAAUGUUUAUAAAACAACUUUAAUGAAUAUUUUAUACUUGUGCAAAUUUAUUGGUAUUAUUAACAUAUCUUACAUAUUAGAAUCGAAUGGAUUAUUAAUACAAAGUACAGACAUAAUAUAUAAACUUCUUGAAUUCACACGAAUGAUCUUAUUAAUAAUAUUCACUUAUUAUAUACACAAAUAUGGUGCUUUUACUCAAACAAUAAAUUUAUGCAAUGUAUGGUCCGUCAUUAUUGCUUCCAGAAUAUCAGAAAAACGGGUGAUACAGUUGAUGAAUGGCAUCAUCGAGUACGACCAAAAGCUAACAUCGCUUCCAAGAUUUUUAUUUAUUUCCCAACACUCACAGAAGAAAAAUUAUUGGAACAAAAUUUUUAUUUUCACGUUAAUUUACUAUGUUAUAGUGACAUUAGUGAUAUUUAAAACAUUUCCACCGAAAACUUUUGACAUCUUCACGAUCUCCUUGUUUAUUGUUCGAUUAGAAUUCCUCGUGGACGUUGCAGUAAUUUUUUCCACAUGUUUUUUCUUACAACAAUUGGAUUGUAGAUUCCAAACGUUAAAUGAUUCCUGGCAAUAUCUUUUACCCGGAUUUAUUUCAGUCCCAGCUGGUGAAUUAUCACAUUUUAUAACUGGAAUGACGCUGGACAAAAUACGGUUGUUACACGCUGAACUAUCGGACCUAUUAAGAAUAUUCAGUGCGGGUUACGGACAAAUGCUAGUAGGAUUCUUUGUAUUCAGUUAUACUAAUACGGUACUCACUUUUUAUUAUAUGAUUCAUCAUAACGCUGCGAAAAUAGAAGAGUCCACUUUUAUUUAUUUUCUAAAUACUUUUAUGAUAUACAUGACAAGCCUACAGAAUGUCACAUUUAUUUUAUCUAUUAUAAUGGCUGCAUCACGUGUACACGAAAAGAAACGGAAGAUGAUAUCAUAUUUACGAUUAAUAAGGAUAUCAAAUUUACCUGCAAACCUAAAAAUCCAAAUUAAAAUGUUUAUUAACCAAAUAUCAAUAUUCGAAUCAGACGAAAUCACAGCUUUUGGAAUUUUCAAUAUAAAUUUAAAUCUUGUUGUAUCAAUACUAGUACUACUUAUAACUGGAUUGAUAACUUUAAUACAACUUAAAGAACAUCCAUUUAUGAAGCAAUCUGUAGACAGUUUAGUAAACUACUUACGAAAUAUAACGAAGGGAACAAAUAAGUAA